ACAAUCCGAGUCACGUUCCGAUCGGACUGUGGGGACCCCGCCCUACCGUCUUGGUGUGGUUCGCCUGGGCGACCAACGCAAAGUUUUCUAGCCGACAAUGCUAGUUCAUCUAACGGGAGCGCCGUCGUCCUUCUAAACUUUCCGCUCGACGACCUCGCUGGUUUCGAGAUACCUCCAGCUCCUGCGACUGUCGCUCAGGCAUCGAGCCUGGCGUGCCCCUUAGCAGACCACCAGGCUCGCAGCACAGCGGCUUUGCCGUUAGUAAUUCGUACAUCCGACACCGUGGAUUCCCAGGAGCCCUCGGCCCGGGGAGACAAUUUCAGCCCCGGUGCCAAAGCCGCCUUGGGCAUCGGCAUCGCCCUCGGCUGCGUCGCCAUCGGUGCCAUGGCGGCCUUUUUGUAUUUCAGGCGCCGACAACGGGGGCAAGGUGGUGAGCUGAGAUGGGGCGUUUUCAGUCGUGAUGGCCGUCGUGGGAGGAAAGGCCCUGAAAAGAGGAAUGGAACUUCGGUCACAUCGGGGCGGUCCGAUGAGCCGCUCUGUCCUAUACAGCCGGUAUUCGACGGCUAUCCGGGUUCGAUGGGCUAUGAUGACGUCCGGUCGCUCCAGUCAACCUUAAAUCUGCAUUCGCCUGGCGAGUCACCGACUAUAUCGCACAACGGAGGCUUCUGGACAAGUGAACGCAGCAUCGAACGGGAAGAACUCACAGCUGCCCGUCUUAAGUCCCAGCUUCAGACAUCCACGCCGGCUAUCAUAUCUUACGGGCCCAACCCCGUCACACCCACCCCGAAGACUCAGUUACACUCUUCUCCACCCGAUGCGGACCCCCCGCUACCGAAAAAGCCCGCCGUGCCGAUCGUCGUAUCGUACGGACCCAACAAGGUGACUCCCACACCGCUGGUAAAAUCACCAACAGUGCCGCCGGACGAAGCGAUUCUCAACCGAAGGUACAUGGAGAUGGACGCCAUGGACGCCAGCGCGCCCGCUCCCCCUAUCACUCACGAGCGCCAGUUCUCAUGGGUGCCAGACUCCCCACUCCUCGGCGCCUCCUCGAUGGGGCCCCUCCCGCCCUACGCUUCGACUGCCGAUUUCGAGGCCAUGGAGAAAGGCGCCGUGCGCAAGUUGGCAGAACCUCAAGCCGAUGCCGAGCUACCUCCCACAAAAGACGGCUUCUACCACUACACGUCCGACACGGUCGAGUACGAGCUCCCCGGCGCCGCGCCACAGAACGAACCGCAGCUGCCGUUCCGCCCCUACAAGGUACAAGCGCCGGCUGGUCCCUCGGCCAGCUGGCACAGAGAGAUUGACGAGCAGAAAUUCCUGCUGUCUGAUGAGGAGAUCAUGAAGAUGAGGGCUGAGAAGGCAAAGAUACGGGCCGCGGCCGCGGCUGAAGCUGCAAGAGCUGGAGCGGAUGAGUCGUAUGACUUGGGUGAGCCGGUAUCCAGGAGGUGA